CAAAGAAUAUCAAAUUUUACAACAACAAAAAAACAAAAGAAAAUUAUCCAAAGAAGAAAAAGAAAGUAAGAAAACCAAUAUUAAUUUGUGUUUUGAUAAUUUGUGCUUUUAUGAGGAAAUGUCAGCUUCGGAGAGCCGUCGAGAGAAGUUUGCCGGCUUAACUCUUGAUGACGUCUUAGCCAACCCAAAGAGAGUAGCAACUACGCCACCAAGCCAACCACCACCACCACCCCCAAAGAGUAGAACUCUUUUGGACAUCAUCAGAGAAGACGAGACCAACAAAAAGGACCGUAGAUCUUGGAAAGCCUUCAAGGACAAGCUUCGACUCAAGCGCGCUGGUUCUGCUUGGACAUCGUCAAUCCACAUUCCAACUUCGGAUAUCCCUAUCCAAAAUCCAAACAGCAGAAGUUAUUCUCAGUUCGGACGUCGGAACUCGGUCCGGUUCCAGAAUCAACACGAAGCAGACAUGUCAGCUCAAUCCAUGACUCACCAAGUAGAAGACCUCGACCCAACGGACAACUCCGAUGCUUCGGCAACCAAGUCCCAGUUCACUCGCCGCAGCUCCACCCGUUUCUCCAACGACUCCCCAGACAACUCCUCUGGAGGAGGAAAUCUCCGACCACAGCUAUCACGACGAAAUUCCACCACUGUGCCAUCAGAGCCGUUUCAGCGAGGACGCGUGGUGACUUUUCGGGACAGCUUCGACGAGGACGAGCCUGAAGAAGACAACAGCAAUCUAGACACGGGGAGGGCACUUUCGGCGAGGGAGGCAGUGGCAGCACAGGAGGCAGCAGAAGCUGCAGCUGCUGCAGAGGAGGAUGCUGUAGGAGGGCCUCCAAUGAUGAUGUCACUUAUGGACUUGCUGGAGGAAACUGAUAGGGAAAUGGGAUUGGAAGGGUCGAGGUAUAUAUUGAGUGAUGAUGAAGACUUUGAUGAGGAUGACGAAGAAUGUGAAGACGAUGAGGAAGGACAAGUUGAUUUGGAACACACUUGCUGUGUUUGCAUGGUGAAACACAAGGGUGCUUCUAUCGCACCUUGUGGGCACAGUUUCUGCAGGAUGUGUUCAAGAGAGCUUAUGGUGGCUAAGGGAAAUUGUCCACUCUGCAACAAUUUCAUUUUAGAGAUUCUUGAAAUUUUCUGAUAUUCUUAUCUCCAUGUUCUGGGUUCUCUUUGAUUUGAUGACAACUUUUUUCUUGAUUAGUUAUUGUUUUUAUUUUGGUUUAUUUCUCCCCUGUGAAGUGCUGUACUGAGGUGGAAAUAAGUGUGUGAAAUUGUGAAUGAUGAUGCUAACUGGUAGUAGAUAGGAUCAACAUUUGUAAUACAAGAUAGAUUGCAUUCCACUCAAUUAAGCUGUGGUAUUUAGUAAUUAGCACUUUGUAAUCUCCUUCCACUGACGAUUAUAUUUACCUAUUAUGACAUUCUCAUCCAUGACAGCUAAUGUACUAUUCCUGUUUCUU